AUGAUUAUUUGUGAAAGGCUAAUCAUGAAAGAACUUCAACAUGAAUUUGACAAUAUUGGGUUUUCACAUUAUUGUUGUGCUGCCCAUGUGCUCAACUUGGCUGCCAAACAGGAAUUAGAAAUAAUUGAUUCUUCAGCAAAGAAGGUUCAAAGUUUAAUGUCAAAAAUCAAAGUAUCUACUCAUCUUUGUGAUGAUUUGCAUGGCUUAUGCCAACUUAAGGGAAUUCCAUAUCUCAAACCUAAGUUGAAUGUUGAUACAAGAUGGAACAGUACCUACUACAUGUUGCAAAAAAUGCAAAAAAUGGAAACAGCACUUAGAUUAGUUGUCGCAGACCAUCUAUCAAUUCAUGCUCUAUAUCUGACUAUUAAUAAGCAACUAAGUUUAAAUAUUCAAGAUUUUCUUGAUACAUAUAUUGAACAAAAUGAAUUUUCUCAAAAGAUGGUUGCUGCAUCGAUUCAUCAAAAGAUAGAGAAAUAUUGGAUUAUUAUGGAUAAGUCUUCUGUUGUCUUUACCAUUCUUAAUCCCUGUGCAAAAUUAAAAAUGUUUAGCAAAACAGAAGCCAUCGAUGCCAAAAAAACAGUUCAAGAAAUUAUGGAUCAAUAUGUUUAUAAGUACCAAAAAACCUCUAUCUCUAUGAAUAUCGAAGAUAAUCUAAUUAAAACUGCUCGAAAGAUCUUUUGGAACUUGCACAAUAAAUGGAAAUUAGAAGAAUUACCUACUAUUGAUAAAUCUUCAACAACAGAUAUAAGUGAACUAGAUCGUUAUAUUAGAAUGGCAUCUGACUACUUGAGCAUCCAAGCAACAAGCAUUGCAUAUGAACAAGCAUUUUCAAUUGCUAGUAACACCAUCUCAAGAACCCGCAAUCGUCUUCAUUCCAAAACAGCAAGAGCUUGUCUCUGUGUUAAAAGUUGGAUUAGUAAUGGGAUUGGUGAAAUUGAAUAA